GCGGCGCGGCUCAUCAGCCCGGAAUGAGCUUCCCCGGGGCCCACAUCGAGGGCGGAGCGCGCGCACGUGUGUGCGUGUGUGUCUGUGUGUGGUGGGGGUUGGCGAUCGAGGGUCACGCGCAGGUGGUUUUGCGGCGCUGGUGGCGGCGCCGCUGGAGGCGGCGGAGGAGGGACCGCGGGCCCACCGUCGCUGCGGUCGGGAAGGUGUUUAUUGAGGGGGCUACUCUGUACCUGGCACUGUUCUUGGCACUAAGACAGGGGUCCUGGCAUCAGAAAGGCUGGGUUCCAGGUUCAACUCUACUACAUCCUAGCUCUUUGGCUGUGGGCACCUCGCACAUAAAUCACGGUGGGAGGCAGGCUUGGCUCCCCUGCGCCGGGAAGCUGCUGCCCCCUCCCUUGCUCAGCAGAGGGCUUUGCAGCAGUGGAGGAGGCAGCGCCGCUGAUUUCGGGCACCGCACCGGGGAAGCAACCGAUUCGUCGGCUGCCAGCAGCCCUGAGUUGCCUACGCGGAAGACGAGAGGAAGAGACAGAGACAGAGAGACAGAGAGACAGAGACAGAGAGAGAGAGAGAGAGAGAGAGAGAGAGAGAGAAAGAAAGGCUGACUUACAGAGCAAAACCCUUCAUCCAUGUGGAGGACAGUCUGAGGGAGCCACAGUCUGCCUUGCCCACCAACUGGCUGACUUUUCUCCUUGCCUGGAGGUGGCACCUCCGCUGAGCUUUCAAACCAAGUCACUGGGAGUUAACAUCUUCCUACCCCGCAGGGAAGGGAGGAGUUGGCAAGAAUUUGGCUCAGCCGUUCCCCCUGCAAUCCGCUGGUGUCGUGGCGCACCGGACAUCUGCCAUGACCGACACCGUGGUCAGCAGCAGCUCCAGCCGCUGGGUGUGUCCCAGCGACCGGCCCCUUCAGUCCAAGCUCCAGGCGGGCUGGUCCGUCCAUCCCGGUGGUCAGCCCGACAGACAGAGGAAGCAGGAAGAGCUGACAGAUGAGGAGAAGGAAAUUAUCAACAGGGUGAUCGCCCGGGCUGAGAAAAUGGAGGAGAUGGAGCAGGCGCGGAUCGGGCGCCUGGUGGACCGUCUGGAGAACAUGAGGAAGAACAUGGCUGGGGAUGGGGUAAACCGCUGCAUCCUGUGUGGGGAACAGCUGGGGAUGCUGGGCUCUGCCUGCGUAGUGUGCGAGGACUGUAAGAAGAAUGUCUGCACCAAAUGCGGGGUAGAGACCUCCAACAACCGCCCGCAUCCUGUGUGGCUCUGCAAAAUCUGCAUCGAGCAGAGGGAGGUGUGGAAGCGUUCUGGAGCCUGGUUCUUCAAGGGCUUCCCCAAACAGGUCCUCCCACAGCCUAUGCCCAUAAUGAAGAGCAAGCCCAAGCAGCCUGUCAGUGAGCCCGCUGUCCCAGAGCAGCCCACCCCUGAACCCAAGCACACUGUCCGGGCUUCAACUCAAGGUGACGCCGAAGACAGGAGGGGCCCAGGUCAGAAGCCAGGCCCUGAGCUGGCCUCUGCGCCUGGCCGAGGAAGCUACGGGCCUCCUGUGCGCAGGGCCUCAGAAGCACGAAUGAGCUCAGCCAGCCGGGACUCGGAGGGCUGGGGCCAUGGCCAUGGCGGGGCAGCCGGUGACUCCAGCCGGAGCCCAGCAGGCUUGAGACGGGCCAACUCAGUGCAGGCCUCCAGACCCGCCCCAGCCUCGACGCCGAGCCAGGCACCGCCUCAGCCUGGGCAGCCAGGGCCCCCAGGAGGCGGCAGACCCAGCGCUGGGCCAGCAGGACGCUCUUCGGACCAGAGACCAGACGUGGCCCCCGGUGACCUCUGCUACCCAGGGGCCUCCAUCCCACCCUGGGAGGAGCGACUAGGAGUCGGAGCCAGGGAGGACCGAGCGGGCCACGCCCCAGGCCCUUACUCCCAAGUGUCUGCUGCUGCCCCCCAGCCUGCCGCCACCCCUGCCCGCCAGCCCCCACCCCCCGAGGAGGACGAGGAGGAAGCCAACAGCUACGAUUCGGAUGAAGGGACCACCCUGGGAGCCCUGGAGUUCAGCCUUCUCUACGACCAGGAGAACAGCUCCCUGCACUGCACCAUCAUCAAGGCCAAGGGACUGAAGCCCAUGGACUCCAACGGCCUGGCCGAUCCUUAUGUUAAGCUGCACCUCCUGCCGGGAGCCAGCAAGUCCAACAAGCUUCGGACAAAAACCCUGCGGAACACCCGGAACCCCAUCUGGAACGAGACCCUCGUCUAUCACGGCAUCACGGACGAGGACAUGCAGCGGAAGACGCUCAGGAUCUCUGUCUGUGACGAGGACAAAUUUGGCCACAACGAGUUUAUCGGUGAGACCCGAUUCUCACUCAAGAAGCUGAAGUCCAACCAAAGAAAGAACUUCAACAUCUGCCUAGAGCGCGUGAUCCCAAUGAAGCGUGCGGGGACCACCGGCUCCGCCCGAGGCAUGGCCCUCUAUGAGGAGGAGCAGGUGGAGCGCAUUGGCGACAUAGAGGAGCGCGGCAAGAUCCUGGUGUCCCUCAUGUACAGCACACAGCAGGGGGGCCUCAUCGUGGGCAUCAUACGUUGCGUGCACCUGGCCGCCAUGGACGCCAAUGGCUACUCAGAUCCGUUCGUCAAGCUCUGGCUGAAACCAGACAUGGGAAAGAAGGCCAAACACAAGACUCAAAUUAAGAGGAAAACCUUGAAUCCUGAAUUUAAUGAGGAGUUCUUCUAUGACAUCAAACACAGCGACCUGGCGAAGAAGUCGCUGGACAUCUCGGUCUGGGACUAUGACAUCGGCAAGUCCAACGAUUACAUCGGAGGCUGCCAGCUAGGGAUCUCGGCCAAGGGAGAGCGCUUGAAACACUGGUACGAGUGUCUGAAGAACAAGGACAAGAAGAUCGAGCGCUGGCACCAGCUCCAGAAUGAGAACCACGUGCCCAGCGAUUAGGGUGGCGCCCGGCUCCCUGGCUCCCUGCCCUGGCCCCUGCCCAAGUCCCCCCCAGCCUGCCCCAGCCUGCCUCAGCGGCCCACUGCACUCUGGUCUCUCUCCUGUACGCCCCUGCCCCUCCCCUGCCUCCCUCCCUGAACUUGCUUUUGGGGUCCCCCUCACCUUGGGCAUUGCCGCCAAAGACCUCCUCUGCCCCCCUCCUCCCCGCCGCGAUGCUCCUGUGAGGCUGCAAGGCGGGCUCUGAGCGCAGCCCCGCUCCGGUCCCGGUCCCGGUCCCGCCAGGAUGGAGCAGUCGGGACAGGGAUGGGAGAUCUUUACAAAGAGGUCGUUCCUUUAACAACCUCCCGGUUUGGGUAAUUACAGACGUUCGUCAUCAUUUCGGACUGUUUUAGCCCUCCUGGCCUUGAGCAGGCGGGCACGUACACUCCGUUUCCUGCGUCACGUCUGUGUGUCCCCUCAGCCGUCAGCCGGACAAAGCUGUGGGGACCCUGAACCGGGCAGACAGAGCGUCCAGGCUCCCAGCUUUCUGUCCCCUCUCCACCCCCGUCUCUCUCCCCUUCUCCCCUCUCCCUCUCUAAGGGGUUCAAUAGCAAAAGCAAAAAAUGUGCUAACACAGCCUCUCCCCCUCACCUCCCCUCACCUGCCAGACCAGCAAUCGGGCAAAACCUGAGCUUCCACGUAGCCCCGUGCUCCCUCAGAUGCCCACUUCCCCGUGGGCACCGCCAGGCAGCCUCGGGCGGAGGGCCCGCUGCUGGCCCUGCCCAGGUGCAGGCAGCAGCCCACAGGCUGUGUAGGCACCCGAGCAGGCCUUUCCCAGCCCCUGGCCUCCCGGGGUGGGCGCAGAAGGCGCCUGGAAGCCAGAGCUCUGGGCCGGGGGGGGGGGGGGGGGGCC